AUGCAGCACUUCACACUCAUCACUCUGGCUCUGGCCACCUCCAGCAGCGCCAACUUCCUGAAGCGUCAAGCCGACUGCUCAGACCCCAACUCCUACCAAUGCCAGAUCAGCCAAGCACAAUAUCUAGUCGGCGUCUGUCAACCCACGAACGACACAGGCUCCCCGGACCUCACGGCACCUUGCAACCAGGUCUCCGCCAUCACUGCGCAGUGCGUCUACGGCGCUGACGGUCUCGCCGCGUUUAAUGGAGACCCUACAUCCUACGAUAACAGCAACUCCGACGCCGAUGUACCGAUGCUAAGCAACGGCACCCAACGUGACUGCGUCUGCUCCAGCCAAUUCUUCAACGUCCUCGGUGGCUGCAGCGACUGCUACAAAGCUCAUGGCGUUGGCGAGGAUCCAACUUCGGGCUAUGUCGACCCUGCUUUCAUCUCGAGCGCCAGCUCUUCUUACUGCGCCGUGACCAACACUCCUACCGUUGGCUUUGCGGAAGUCCUCUACGCCUACGUCACUGGCGACGUGGGUAGCAGCUUGGCCAGCGUGGCAUCGACUGCUAGCGUGACGAGCACUUUCUCUGACCCCAUCGGCAACAACACGGCUGUGUCUCUCUACUACACACCCUCCAUCACCGGUAGCUCCGCGUGGGUCGUCGCACAAGCCACUGAGACUCCAAGCAACAGUACCAUGAGCUCAGGCAGCAGCAGCGAAAGCGCGAGCGGAAGUGCCAGCGGCUCUGCUAGCAGUGCACAGCUUGCUACUUCCAACGGUCAGAUCGUGCCUACGGCGGGUGCGUCUUCAACGGCUUCGCGAUCUGGUAGCGGCACCGCAUCUGGAUCUGCAGCUGCUAGUGCUAGUGGCUCCAGUGGCGCUGGUAAGAAGGAAGCAGCGGCUAUUGCUGGUGUGGUGGCUUUGGCUGGCUUUGUGGCACUCUCGUAA